AUGAGCAAGCCGGACGCAAUUCACCUCGAGAAAAAGGUCGAGGUUCAUGGCCUCGUCGCUGACCGACGCCACGAAGAGGAGCUUCUGGCCGCACAACUCGAGGGAGAGGACGCGAAGAUCAAACGCAUAGUUCGACGGCUUGACCUCCGACUGGUCUUGAUGCUUGCUCUCCUAUAUGUCUGGGCCUUUAUCGACCGUGGAAAUUUUGCCAAUGCCAACAUUGCAGGCAUGGGCGAUGACCUUAAUCUGACAAAGGACAAUCGAUAUUCUGUUCUUGCUAUGAUCUUCUUUGUGGGCUACAUUCUCGUCGACAUCCCGUCCACGUUUCUGGUUCGGAAAAUUGGAGCAACUUUGAUGAUCCCGUCUAUUGUGGUGGUCAUUACGAUUGCUCAGGGCUUCUGCAACACAUGGGGUCCUCUUUUCGCUUGCCGAGUGCUUCUGGGGAUCUUCGAGGGAGGCAUAAUCCCCAGCUCCAUGUUCCUCAUCAGUGUCUGGUACACUCGCUACGAAGCACAUACAAGGUUCGUCGCAGGAAUCGCAUCGACUGGUGUGUCAGGCUUGCUUGCUUUUGGCAUUGAAAAGAUGGACGGAGACUCCAAUAUCGCAGGCUGGCGUUGGAUCUUCAUCAUCGAAGGUGUAGUGACCUGUGUUUGCGGAAUCGUCGCCUACUUCAUUCUUGUGGAUCUGCCAGAACGAGCAACCCAGAAGAGUUUCUUGGGCAUGCCGCCUUUCCUGACAGCCAACGAGGCUUCGCUCGUCCAUGCUCGCAUCGAACGGGACAGGGGCGACAGCACUGCCGAGAAGCUCACCUGGAGCAACAUGCUCAUUUAUGCCAGAGACUGGAAGGUCUGGGAGUUUUCGAGCUAUGUUUUCUUCAACAACACGGCUCUAUACGCCUUCACCUACUUUCUGCCCGUCAUUCUGCAGAAAAGUAUGGGGUAUUCGACAUCCAAAGCUCAGCUGUUUACCUUUCCUCCUUACGCGGUGGCGGUUCCCUGGAUCAUGUUCUGUGCGUGGAUUUGUGACAGGCUCAAAGUGCGAGGACCAGUGUUGCUACUCAACUCGACGCUGUACAUCAUCGGUGUGACGAUCACUGGCUUUUGUUCGCAUCCGCAUGUCAGAUACGGGGGCGUGUUCAUCGGUGUCUUGGGCAUCACCGGGAACAUCCCCACCAACUGGGCGUACCAGCACAACAACGUCGUUGGCCAAGGCAAGCGUGCGCUCUGCGCGGCGAUGAUGACCACUGGCGGCGGGCUGGGUGGUAUUGUGGCAGGAAACAUCUUUCGGAGCCAGGAUGCCCCUGACUACAGGCCUGCCUUGACCAUCUGCCUCGCUUUUCAGGCCUUCAACAUGCUCCUGGUGGCCAAGAACUUUGUCUACUUUGCCUGGGCGAAUCGAAAGGCUGAUCGGGAAGAGAUGAUCAUCGAGGGACAGCCAGCCUUCAGAGAUCUCUUGCGCCGGCAUGAGAAGGCGGUCCACGAUGGCAAGCGCUGUGGUCGAUACGAAUCUCCAGGCGCCUCUUUGAAUAGCCAAGUUACUGCCGCCUUGCAACCCAACGUCUUCGAACCUCGUGGUUCCCUGGCUAGUCCCACGGUCGAAGGUGAAGAUACACCAACUCGCGGGUUGGACGAUUCCUUGAAUUGGUCCAACAAUCUCGACAUCCCGACAAGUGCCUCCCACCGUGCGCUCAACGCCUCUGUUGACCCCCUGUCACACAGUGACACCCAAGGUCUAGCAUGCCAUGGAAACACCCAGCUCGGUGCUGCUUAUGCUGGAGGUCAGCCGCACGCUGGGUCUGAAAUGCCCUCUACUGGCGGUAGUCAGCCACUUCAUAUGGGGGUCGAUCGGUCGGGAGGGAGAAACGACGACCUGGAUUUUGCUGAUCUCUACGGGGAAUUUGACGGCUUCAAUGCCUUUCUGGACAUGACGGACUUUUCGACAUUCAUACCACCGUCAACUGCCCUGGACCCUUCCCUGCACGAACAGGCGUUCACGGCCCAAUUGGACGAAGCAACCUUGCAAGGAUCCAGUCAGGUGCGACACCAUAACGACGUGGCAGCCCAUGGCCAGCAGCGCAACGAACAAGAUACAUCUUUCUCCCGCUUUGGGUCGCCAUUGCCUGUCCUACAUUUUGAAUCGAGAGAUCCAGUGGCCAGAGCCCCCAACGAACCGAGCGCCGCUUCCCGUCCGUGCUGGAAAAUAUCGGCCGUCGAGUAUCGUCAAAUCUCUGCCAGGAUACAAGACUUCUCGCAUGUUCUCCCCAAGGACUUCUCAUUGCUGUCAAGACAUACGAUCUCAAGGUUCAUCGAAGGAGCGAUCAAGGGCCUUCUGGAGCAUCUUCCAUUCCUGCAUGUACCAACAUUCUCCGUAGUUGACGCCGCACCAGAGCUUAUCCUCGCAAUGGCAGCCAUCGGGGCUCAGUUUCGCUUCGAGAACGGCCGCGCUCCGAUGUUGUUUUACGCUGCGAAGGCCGUCGCGCUCGAGCAAAUCCAAUGCAGAGAGAAGAAGCAAGUGGAAAUGUUCCUGUGGCGUUCCAAGUCCUCUCCGAUGGAUUCUACUUCAACCACAGUGUCCACUUCGAAUGCUGUUCCCUCCAACAACGUCCCAGGUGCUGGCAACUGUGAAGAGGAGAUGGAAACGACCAAUGCCCGGCUGCAAACCUCGCAGGCCCUUCUUGCGCUCCUGGUGAUGGGUGCAUGGGGGCCCCAACAACUGCUCAAAGAGGCAAUCUCCCUCCAGAGUUUCGCCGCAGCUUUGGCGCGAGAGGAUGGAAUUUCUGGCCUCAAGGAUUCGUUUCCAUCGGGGUCGCAUGCGUCGGAUUGGCACAUUUGGAUAUCCGCGGAAAGUCGCACUCGUACGAAGCUUAUGACCUACUCUAUGAUCCAGUUGAUCUCUAUAGCCUACAAUAUCCCCCCUCUGAUACUGACAUCGGAAAUCGAUUGCUGUCUACCGGCAUCUGCGAAAGAAUGGAACGCCAAAAAUGCACAGGAGUGGGAGGAAGUCCGCCGAUCGUCGACAACCAGAGAGCUUCGUUUUCAAGAGAGCUUCGAAUCGCUUUUCCAUAACAUCUCCCCUCAAGCCGCAAGUAUGGCACUGUCUCCGGUGGCGAAUUAUAUACUUGUCCUUGCAAUUCUUCAGCAUAUUUUCCUGCGCCAACAGACCUGGACUAGCUCCAAGAAACAGAAUCUGAGUGCUGAAGAUAUCGCGGAUAGUGCCCGCGCCCUCCGCUGCUGGCAGACCCGGUGGGAGAGAUCGCCAGAGUCGAACAUCGAUCCAUCUUCUGCUGCAGGACCAGUUGCGUUCAACUCGACGGCCCUGUUGCGACUUGCCUGGAUCCGACUUUAUAGCGAUCUUGGACCAUGCAGAAAUCUAGCCAGUCGGGACGUCAAUCUCAUCGCCUCUGCCUUCAACAACAGUCCUGUGUUAAAGCGAGGCCCGGAGCUGAUCCAUCCGGCUCUACAAGCGGCGCACGCACUCUCCGUACCGGUGCGUAUGGGCAUCAAUUUCGUCGCCAGAACCCAGACCGUAUCAUGGAGCGUGCAGCAUUCCUUGUCAAAUCUCGAGUGUGCCAUAUUCCUCAGCAAGUGGCUGGAGACGGUAGCCGUGGCUUCAUCAACCUCUGCGCUGGAGAAAGACGAGUUAGUCCUCAUUCAGAUGAUUCACAGCCUGUUGGUAGAGACGGGCCUUUUCGACGACAACACCAUAACCAACAUUGCAGAUCGCGGAGACCAGAAGCAGAAGAUUCGCCGACUUGCCACAGCGGUUGCAAGGUUGUGGGCUGACAUUUUCAAAGGCAAUCACGUAUUCGAAGUGGUCAACAUAAUAGGAGCAAGUCUGACCACUUAUGCGGAGUCGAUGGAAAGCGCAUAUACCCCAGCAAAUCUUGGAUGA